CACACUCUUUCGUCUGCAAAUUUAGUUUUCUAGUCCUGACUGUCCUGCUCAAGUACAAGCGCAAUGGUUCUGUUCUUCACCUCCUCUGCGGUCGAUCCGCCAGCAAUGGUUUACAUGGGCAAGGAUAAAGUCGAGAACGAAGAUUUAAUCAAAUAUGCAUGGCCUCAGGACGUGUGGUUCCACGUCGACAAGCUGUCAUCAGCGCACGUUUAUCUUCGCAUGCCACCAACCAUGACUUGGGACGCCAUUCCCCAGGCGCUUUUAACUGAUUGUGCGCAGUUAGUGAAAGCCAAUUCGAUCGAAGGAAAUAGGAAAGACAACAUCACCAUCAUUUAUACUCCGGGGAGUAACCUCAAGAAAUCUGGAGACAUGGCCGUUGGUCAGGUGUCGUUUCACAGUGACAAACAAGUCAAAAGAGUUCACAUCGCUAAACGAGAGAAUCCAAUCGUAAACCGUCUCAACAAGACAAAAGUCGAAAAGGACGUAGACCAUGAACAAGAGCGGGUAGACCGCAUCAAGAAGGACAACGCAGAGAAAAGAGCUACAGCUGUUCAGAACAAAAAGGCUGAAGCAGAGCUAGCCAAGGUUAGAGAAGCGGACAAAGCCGCCCGCUCGUACGAUUUAUUAUUCGAAGUCGAAGAGGAUCCUGAUGCACCGAAGCUUACCGGGAAAGCUAUCGAAGAGGACUUCAUGUGAUCAUAUAAAGUUGACCCAAUUACCUGUGAAUGAUAUUUUGCUCGAUUUCUGGUCGAGUUUGUCCCAUACCCAUAAUUAUAAUUGGACAUGUAUUAGGAAAAUUGCCUCCUGUCAGUGAUUUCGG